GUCCGGUAAGAGGAGUAAUUUGGGCCGUCCAGAGUGAGGCGUUUCACCAGCAGUUGUCACCUCAGCAGUUGGUGGGAGAGUAGCACAUGUGCUGCUCUGACUUGGACCGUUUUUUUAUUUAUCUCUUUCUAUUUGGGACGGUGUUUCUGUGAUCUUUGAUUUUUAAUAUUUUAUAUUUGGACCAUUAGAAAAAAAACUAUCCUCUAUCCUGGAACUGGACAACCCGUAUUUCUGUUUUGUCCCAGCUGGUCCAUUCUUUGUCGGAGCUGCCCAGCUGAGGUGAAGGGGAGGGCAGAAGAUCCCAGCGGAGUGUUCAUGACCUGCCCGCAAAAACAGGACCAUGAUCUGAGGAUGGUGCUGGAUGCAUAGAACCCCAUCUUCCUCUCCUCCUUCUCCCUCUUUUUUUUGUUUUUCAGUUUUUUUCAGUCUGAACUGAAAAGCCUCUCUGCUCAGGUGCUUUAGACAGAGUCAGGGUUAACAGGUCAAAUUGAAAGCAAGUAAGCAUCUACAGAGGAGGAACUACAUCCACAGCCAUCUGUGACCUCACUCAUUUCCAUAUCCUCCCUCCUCCUCCCAUCGCAACGCCAGAACCAUGGGGAGGAAAAAGAUCCAGAUUCAGAGGAUCACUGAUGAACGCAACAGACAGGUGACAUUCACCAAACGGAAGUUCGGUUUGAUGAAGAAGGCGUACGAGCUGAGUGUCCUGUGUGACUGCGAGAUCGCUCUCAUUAUCUUCAACCACUCGAACAAGCUGUUUCAGUAUGCCAGCACCGACAUGGACAAGGUCCUGCUCAAGUACACAGAGUACAACGAGCCACACGAGAGCCGGACCAAUGCCGACAUUAUCGAGGCUCUGAACAAGAAAGAGCACCGGGACUCUGAGAGCCCAGACCCCGAGGAGCCCUUCUCCCUCACCCCCCGCACUGAGGAGAAAUACAAAAAAAUUGACGAGGAGUUUGAUAAAAUGAUGCAGAACUAUAGGCUGUCAUCCACUGUCCCACAGCCCACCUUCCCGAUGCCAGUCACCGUGCCAGUGACCAAUCAGAAUGCAGCGGCGGCCCUCCAGUUCAGCAACAAUCCCGCUGGUGCGCUGGUCACCACCACUUCCUUCGUCACCUCCACCCUCACAGAUCCCCGCCUCUUGUCACCACAGCAACAGUCUCUGCAGAGGAACACCGUGUCGCCAGGGUUACCACAACGACCAGCCAGCGCAGGUGCGAUGUUAGGAGGAGAUUUGGGGAACUCAAACGGAGCGUGCCCGAGUCCAGUUCCUAAUGGCUACAUCAGCGCCAGGGCCUCCCCGGGCCUCCUGUCCGUAUCCAAUGGCAACAGCCUGGGAAAAGUAGGCCCGGCAAAGUCCCCACCUCCACCCAGCCCUCAGUUGGUCAACAGCCGGAAGCCGGACCUGAGGGUCAUCACUUCACAGAGUGGAAAGAGCCUCCUGCAGCUGACAGAGGAAGAGCUGGAGUUGGUGAGUGAGAAUGCUCAGCGGCUAGGUAGCUCGCAGGUGACUCAGCCACUCACAACUCCAGUGGUUUCUGUGGCAACACCCAGUCUCCUUGCUCCCUUCCCUGGCAUGCAGACGGCCUACAACACCGAGUACCAGCUGACGAGCGCAGAUCUCACAGCCCUUCAGACUUUCACACCACCAGGGCUGGUGCCUGGCAACAUGGCCGCCUGGCAGCAGCAACCAGUUGUCUCCCAGCAACAACAACAUCAUCAACAGCAGCAACAGCAGCUGACACUGGCGUCACUCAAUAACUUGGUCUUGGCUUCUCAGUCCAACUUUCUCUUGGGCAGAGAGGAGGGCCUCUGCUGGUCAGUUGGCCCCGUACCUCAGAGCACCGCACUCACAGUCAACACAAACCCCAAUGUCAACAUCAAAUCAGAACCCGUCUCCCCAAACCGUGACCGCAGCACCCCUAGUUCCACCGGCGGUCCAGCGGUGGGCACAGGGCUUCAGAUCCAGGGACAAGGUCUGGUGUCCAUCGCCUUCCCUGGCGCCCAGGGCCGCUCGCCCGUCGACAGCCUCAGCAGCAACGGCUCCUCCUAUGAGGGCAGCGACAGGGACGAUGGUGCCCAGGGUCGAGGCGGGGGGCAAGACUUCCACCACCAGGCGGCAGCCGGAGCACAGCAGUCCACCAUGGUCCUGCUGCGGCCCUCGUCAGCUGAGCCUCAGGAACAGGAUGGGACAAACGUCAAGAGAGUGAGAUUGGAUACCUGGGUGACAUAAAGAAGAAUAGAGGGAUGGACACAUGGAAGGAGGAGAUGUGUACUUGUGGCUUGUGUACAUGCCCCCCACCAGCUCUUGAUGCCCCCCAGUUUCCCGCUCUGAAAACCCACACAGAAUAAAACCACCAUUGACCCAGUAACUUACUCUUCGUGCAGGAAAGUCAUUCAUGCUCAACACAAGCAUGCAAACACACUCAUGUUGCACAUAUGAACACUGAUGCUCAGUUGUAUGGCAAUGUGCGUUCAUGUUUGUACUUUGAUGUACUCAAAAAGUAAAAACCCCCCCAGUGGGUUGAGCCAACGAUCCAGGGAUUACUCAUCAAACGAAUUACCAUGUUGGACUUGAUCCAGCUGCAUUUUAGUAGGAGUGAGCAAGUACAUUUUCAAUCAGGCAUAAAAUUGGACUUUUGAACUACUUGACAGUUGUUGGCAGACCAGACAAACAAACCGGACUUGGUUUCCCAGAAUGCCCUGCAUUCUGUUUAUGAAUGGACCCACUAUUGCAUCCUCACUCUUUUUCCACAGAUGUUGGUCAAACAUGACAGAUUCGUGCUCUGAAAGUGCCACUGAAAACGUCCACAAAUGUCUUUUCUACACACCCGGCCAUCCACAGCUGCGUUGCUGUCUAUUCAGAUUCUUGCUUCUUUGGGCGGUUUUGAACAGAGUCUCGUCCUUCUGUCCUUGACUGUCCAGAGUUUAGAUUAAUUUCAGUUUUGGAUUUGAAGACACUAAAAAGAAAGAAAAAACUUGCUUCUCUCCCCGGCCACGCUGGCAGCUCUGUCAACAAUUUGGCGCCUUGGCCCUGAACAUGAAAGUGGACCCUCAGGCCUUUGCUGAAUCAAACCACGCAGGCCAGCUAUAAAACGAGGAGCAUUAUUUGUCGCCGAGGUAAAAGACUGCUUUUCUUUGAAUCAGGGAUGAGCUGCAACAGCUCAGUGACAGUCUCAUCGUUCGGCAAACAUCGUGUCGACUACAGAUGCUGAGAAAGUUACAUGUGUUUGGUGUGUGUGUGUGUGUGUGUGUGUUUUGUGUAUACAGGUUUGUUACCUCAACUGAUUGUUGUUUCUUUCUUUUUAGGAAGUGAUUUGGACAAAUGUUCACUCUGAGUUUUAUCCUUGAACACAACUGCAAUGCACACAGCUGAAAUUAUUUUUGUGGUAGCUGAUGUUUAAAGUCGGGGAGGGAUGCGUGGCAUCGUGUAUAUAAGCAAUCUGUAACCUUUGUGGCUUUUGUGUGGCAGGGAUUAGGUGUUAUGAAGGUUGAAAUAAAUAGGUAAUUUACAAGUAUAUAUUUAAACACCUUCAGACGGUUGCAUGGGCAACUCCGCAUCUGAGGCUAUAGACUACAGCAAACGACAGGGAUUGUGUAUAUUUAUAUAUAGGUAUAUAUAUAAAUAUUAUAUAUUCGGCAGGAUAUCCCUUAACGUAAGAUUUAAAAGAAAAAAAAACAAAAACAAAUGUUGAUUCUCAGUGGAUCGGUCAGUCUUUUUUAAAAAUUAUUUAUGCGUGUAUAUAAAGUGUAAAAUGUGGAUUAGCCGAGAGAGGGCGCUGUAGAGGAAGAAAGUAAAGCAGUGGCGACUCGGACUGUUUAUGAGUGAGCAAUGGACUCUGUCGCUGAUGGAGUGCACUUUACAUUAACUCCCACCUCCAACUCCUUCACACACCUGACCUAAGAGCACACACUGAUCACACAAGGCUGACACCUGGGUAUGUCGCAUCAGACAUAGAUAAUAAAUUUUAGUUUAGAACAUUUUGAUUGAACAAUGUUUUUAGUUUAUUUUUCUAGGAUUUUUAGAUUGCUUCCAAUUUGUGAAAGUAUUCCAUUUAAAAUUGAUUAAUUAAGAUCAUGAAAAAGAUUACAUAAUUUUUUUUAAAAUAUCCUUACUGCGAAUAGUUGCAUCUCUUUAAAAAUGUGUUAAAAGAGCAAAAGUGAAACUAUACAAUUUCUCUUUUUCAGUGGGUAUGGACCAGUAUAGCUUGAGAAUGCUUAACAAAAAUGUCAGUUUCCUGACAGAAAUGGAUGAAAAUGUGGUUUAAUUCAUUUUAUUUAGAAAUCAAAAUCCCACCUAUAUAUGAUGCAUUGGACAAGUAAAUAUAUUAAUAUAAUGAUUAUUUUCACAUUUAUUUCUGUAGCUUUAAUUUUAAUCCACAGAUAAAAAUUAGAGUGACAAAGGAGUUAAAAGAUCUGAAAGUACCUGGUUUAAAAUUUGUGUAAUGUAUUGACACAUUUAGUAAUAAUGUUAACAUAUUUCAUUCUGCAGGAUUGACAAAGGAAAUCUAAUAUAAAUAUAUAAACACAAAAUAAAUAUUUAUAUUUCUUUCUAGUGUAAUUGAAUAGCAGGCUUACUGGGUUUUCGCCGAGCGUUUUAUUUUUCAGAUAGACAUGCUAAUUCAAGCUACUUGUAAUAAGUAGUUUGUUACAAACAUUUGCUUUAAAGUCUCUCUACCUUCUACAGACUGAUAAAUGGGAGUCGUCUGCUUUCCUAUCCAGGUCUGAAUGUGCACUCUACAGUCCAUCUUAUUUCAGGUGCAGUCAGUAAGCGUACACAGCUGACUGGCAGCUAUCAGUAACAACUGUAUAAAUUCAAACUGCAGAAAUCGCUGAUAUAAAAUCUCUCCUCUUCAAACAACGAUAAACCAUAAAAUGGAAACUGACCCAUGCCUACACAUUAUCAUCAGAACGUAUUAAUUUAAAUUAAAUAUUUCAUCCUUUUCAUUCAACUGAAAAUUAUACUGAAUACAUAUCAAAGUUUCAAUUUCAGUAUUUAUUUUUUUCUGUAUCAGCUGGGAUGUGUUACGGUUGAUUAUGAACAAAAUUGAUCAUUAUGUAGUGUUGGUUAUGCAAUUAUCACCCAACCUUCAAGAAAAAGACACGCACACACGCACACACGCGCGCAGGCAUACAGAUUGAAAAGAUAAGGAUGCCGAGGAAGUCCCUUAGAUCUUUAUUUAAGUUUGAGGUUUGUCUUUCUCUCUUACUAAAAGCCAUGUAUCUACAUUUAGAGGACCACUCCUUCGCCUGUCACUGGUUGGCUGUAGUUUUAUACUCUGGAGAGUUUUUUUUAAAAAUCAUUUUGAAGGUAAAAGGAUGUGAAGGAGGUCAUUUUUGUAUUCUAUAAAAAUGUCAAAAGGUGAUAUUCGGGUUUAGUGGGUAGAUUUUUAAAGCCGUGAUGGUCAAAAGUGGAAGUUUGCGUAUUUAUUUUUCCUAAAAAGCAUCCAUUUGCUUGUGAAAAGCCCUGGGAGCGGAAUUCGGGUAUCAUUUGAUUUUAAGCCGGAGGUUUCAGAACGGCUCCUGAUCUUUUAAUGACUACCUCCCAAAUCCUACGCAGACUUGUCGACUUUGGGCUUUACCACAUCCAGGCCCUCGUCACCUCCCUUUCACCCCUGUCACUCACUCACCCAAUUGGGGUUUAUGUCCUCUCUGGAGGCUUAAUCUCGAAAUUGCACAAACACACACAAAUACACCAAUGGUCCAUUGCACACACACACGCUCAUCCUCUAGUUCGCUUCAUCCAGAUAGCAGGUCAUGGCGCUGAGAUGAAGUUGAAUCAUUUUUGGGGUCAGCUCGAUGCCUCGGCUUCAUCACGUUCCGCUCAGUUCAGAAGUAGGUUCUCAUUUUCUUAUCUCUGUCUGUCACUCUCUUGCAGCCGCUGAUCCUCUGUUUGACAAGUGUCAGUGUCAAUAAUGCUUGUCAGAGUGCGUGGCAGAGUGAACAUGCAGUAAAUCCCCAGAGUGUAAACACUUUGACUGUUAAGACUGUUGUGCCCAGAGCUUCGAACAAAAUGAAAAAGAAAAGGCAAUUUAAGUCUGAAAGUACCAGGUUUUUUCCAAAAAGGUAACAAAGAGGCAGCUUUGUGACACACCCAUAGACCAACACUAGGGGUCGCUGUUAUCAUAGAAAGACAAUCGUGCUGAUAAAUGGUUCUUUCUCCCUUCCCUUGCCCCUGACAAAGCGAUACACGCCUCUGUAUAAUGAUGUCUAGAAGUCUCACUGACUUUCCAGUGUUAACUUGUGCUGGUGACAGUCUGUUUUCUUGUUCUCUACAGAUCGAUAUUAUUAUUACUAUUAUCAUCAUUACCACAGAAUUCACUGCUGGUAGAUGUCAUGAUGAUAUGGAACUCUUGAGUUUCUUUGUGUAGGUUAGACAUUUUGUUUUAUUUUUGAAAUUUGAUUUUAUUCUAUGAAAAUAUCUUAUAAAUAUGUAUUUCUGUUUUCUCUUCUUGGGUUUAUUUUUAUUUUGUUUGUUUAAAAAGGGUGUUACUAAUGUUGCACGAUUUUUAUGACCUGACACAACACAAGCGUGGUGAUGAUUUCUUUUUUUUUUUUUUUUUUUCAUUAGUACAAAAGCGAGUGGACUGCGACAAACCGCUUCUAUGCUGCAGCUUUUGAGUUCAAGAUACGAACUUGUCGGUCCACACAGAGGUGGUGGGGUGGGGGGGCUUUAGGAGGGGCAGCGUGACACGUCUAAUUUAUUUCUGACCAGACACGAUGAUGUCAAUGCAUGGCCAUUUUAAAAACAAGAGAAAGUGAAUCAUGUCGUAGGAAACAAAGUGUAAUAUUGACACAAACACACGUCACACAAGAUGACAUUUAAGAAAAGAAAAAAAGAAAUUGAAGUAAAAGUUUUAAGUAAAUUAUAGCUAAUAUAUUGUGUUUGGCUAGUCGGCUUUUUUUGUUGUAAAAAUAUUUUUUGUUGUUUUUUUGGAGAAUGAUAUACAAUUUGUGUAUAUUUUCAUAAAUAAAGUAUGCACUGAUAUGUUAUUACAAAUUCUAUACUGCUUUUACAAAAAAAAAGUGUUUGUUAUUGUACCAAAGUAUCCAUUGGUCCCAGCUUACCCUCCUCCCCUUUUUGCGUAUGUUUUACCGUAUUUUAUAUAUUAAAUAGACAAGUUGACCUAAA